CCAUGUCAAUGCCAAUAGACUACCAGCAACAGCAACCUUUCGACUUUCAGCAACAGCAGCAGUAUUUACCGGAAGAGCAACAACAGCAAUAUGAAUAUGAACAGCAAAUGUAUCAGCAGCAACAGUACGAGCAGGCUCAGCUCUGGCAGCAACAACAAAUGCUCCAGCAACAACCAUAUCUCGAGCAGGAAGACCUACUCAAUCAACAAGACCAGUCGGUUCUCUCGCAUGACCACCUCAAGCCCGGCCAUAAGGCCACAUUGCUCUCAUACACCCAAACCCUGGAACUUUAUCGCCAGAACGCCAAAAAGACCAACGACCCGGAGCUCCAAUUUGAGUUUGCUGCCUUCAUGAUCGAUGCUGGCAAGUCCCUGGAGGAGCCACAGGCUAGGGCAGAGCUCUUUGACGAGGCCAUGAAGCUCCUGCGAAAGUUGGCCACGGGUGGACAUGCAGAGUCGCAACAUUAUCUGGCUGAAUGCUAUGCCUCGGGCUUCGCAAAGGGUAAACCGGACUUUGACAAGGCUUUCCCGCUCUGGGUGCAGGCUUCGAAGCAUGGACAUCCCGAUGCGGCCUAUCGCACGGGUCGCUGUUAUGAUGAAGGAUUGGGUACUCGCAAAGACAGUGCCAGAGCUGUUCAGUUCUAUCGAAAAGCCGCGUCUGCGAACCAUCCAGGAGCCAUGUGGAGAUUGGGCGUGGUCACACUGUACGGAGAACUCGGCGUGGCAGCCUCACCCCGCGAUGGUGUCAAAUGGCUCAAGCGAUCGGCCCAGGCUGCCACACCCGAAUUUCCCUUUGCACUUUACGAACUGGCCCAGUUGCACGAGCGCGGGAUCGAAAACAUUGUGUUUGUGGAUCCUGAAUACUCUGUUUCACUUUACUCCCAAGCCGCCGAACUGGGUCACGCCGCAUCUGCAUUCAGACUGGGCGAAUGUUGGGAGUAUGGCAAAUUGGGCUGCAAACAGGACCCUCGACUCUCGAUUCACUACUACACACUUGCGGCUCAGCAGGAGCACCCAGAGGCGUGUUUUGCGCUCGCGGCCUGGUACCUGGUCGGGUCAGUCGGCGUGUUGCCCCAGUCCGAUGCGGAGGCGUACAUUUGGGCGAAGCGUGCUGCGGAUAAGGAUCUGGCCAAGGCGUUGUAUGCGAUGGGAUAUUUUACUGAGGUUGGAAUUGGCCCACGCAAGGACAUGCAGGAGGCCAUUGAGUGGUACAAGAAGGCUGCGGCCGCUGGAGACAAGCGAGCGACACAACGUCUAGAGGGUGUGCCCGUGGAUGCCUCUGGGAAGGACAAGAACAAGGACGAGAAGUGCGCCAUUAUGUAGAUCUCCUUUAUUCUAAUAUCGUUAACUGUUGUAAUAGCCAACGAACGGCACCCCCUCCUCCAUCUUUCUUUAUUUUUCAGCUGAUUUUGCGACGAACCCCCUCCAGCUUUCUACAAGCAUUUUUGAUAAACUUUUUUUAGAUCGCCUCGGUAGGAAUUUACUCUAUGAAAGAACCAUCUCUUUGGGGAGCAUGAAUCGCUCUGAUAUUGGACCGCUCUAUCAGUCCAUGCAUGCUGCAAUGCAGUUG